AUGGGCUACCGGGAGCGGGCGCUCACCCUGGUGCUGCUGGUGCUGCUGGCCGGGCGGAGGGUCCUGGGCGCCGCGGGAGCCCCGGGUGCAGCUUCUUUCUUCGGGGAUGGCUACGUGGAGAUGCCGCUGGCGGACGCCUCGCGCACCGUGCAGCUCCACCUGCAGCUGUACACGAGCCAGCGGGACGGGCUCCUCUUCCUGGCUGCGGGGCAGCCCGACCAUCUCCUGGUGGAGCUGCGAGCCGGCAGCCUGCAGGCCAGGCUGCRGUUGGGCUCAGAGGAGGUGAUGUUACAGUCCCCAGCAGAACUGCAGCUCAACAACCUGGCAAAGCAUGAUGUGGUGCUGUUAGUGGAAGAUGGUAGGAUGAUGCUGACCAUUGACAACCUCUUUAACAGCUCUGUGGACAUUAUGGGACCCGUACGAGAGCUGGACAUUCAGUAUGGCCUCUACGCAGGUGGGACAGGGAUCCUUGACCUGCCAUAUCUUUCUGGGUCCAGUUCUCCCUUCAGAGGUUGCCUCCACUUGGUGACAUUCAAUGGUCUGGAUGUCCUCUCCCCUCCGACUUCUGACAGUAGCUCCAAGAUAUUCCACCGGGUUCAAGAGGGGUGCAGUACGCAGUUCUCUGCUGAACCUGAUGACCCUUUUGGGUUCCUAGGACCACACUCUUACAUUGCGUUUCCCACCUGGAACGCAAAAGAAGAAGGGACCAUUGAAUUUGUGAUAACAACAAGCAUAACCCAAGCACCGCUCAUCUACCAUGCUGGGUUGGAGAAUGACUUCUUCUACCUGGAAAUCUCCAAUGGACGCCUGAGAGGUUUUGUCGAGAAGGGAAAUGGCAUCAUCGUCCUGCACAACAACAUCUUCAUCAGCGAUGAGCAGCAGCAUUAUGUUAAAGUCCACACGGAUGUCCACAAGCUUGAGAUACUAAUUGACUACUACGCCUCAGCCACAUCGAACCGGGGCAUCAACAACUAUCUGGACCUUCAGGGGAACCUCUUCAUUGGAGGUAUGAAUGAAAAGGCUUUGCAAAGGCUGAGGGAGCACGACYUUGCCUUCAUGUCAGUGGGGAGCACAACAAACAACUCGUUUGUUGGCUGCUUGGAGGACCUGAGGAUAAACYUGCAGAGGAGGAGUCUGCAAGAUGCUGUGAUCACCAAGGACAUUACAUCUGGCUGUGGAAAGCAGGAGCAGUACUGGGAAUAUGAUGAAGUAUACGAACAGGAUGAGGCACCCACCUCCCCUCCUCCUGAUAUCUGGCAGGGAGCCCCCGGCCUGGUGGCAGAACCAUGCAGGCCGGACAACAGCUUCCCUCCCGCCUUUGCCAACAUCAGCAGACUGCUGCACGUCAGCCCCCUCAUUGUCUCAGAAGGAGGAGCAGCCUUCUUGGAGUGGAAACAUGCCCAGCCGACGAUAGACUUGAACCUUGCAAACAUUCGGCAGUCCCAAAUCCUCUUUAGCAUCACCAAUGACCCUAGGCAUGGGCAUCUGGAGCUGGAUGUCCCUGGAUCCAGGAGCAGAAGGAAGUUUACUUUACUAGAUAUUGUGAAUCGAAAAGUCAGAUACAUCCACGAUGGCUCUGAAGGACCCAUGGACCAACUGAUGCUGGAGGUAACUGUAACUGCCCAGCAAGGGAUCCCCGAGUGUCUGCGGCAAGGACAGAUGUACCUGCUGCCCAUAAUGAUCAACCCCAUCAAUGAUGCCCCUCAGGUGAUAUUCCCUCACGGGGAUCACAUGACAAUCCUGAAGCACACACGGAAGCAUCUGACCACAGACAUCCUGCAGGCCUUGGAUGAUGACACUUCCUGCGAUGAUCUUGAAUUUCAGCUGCAUGGAAGCCGACUGAUGGAGGACGGUUAUGUAGAGUAUGACUUUCACCCCGGAGUGCCCAUUGAAGAGUUUUCCUGCAGGGACUUGGAAGCAGGCAACAUAGUCUACGUGCACCAGAGUGGGACAAAUCUGCAGCUCACCUUUCAAGUGAGCGAUGGAUCUGUCCCAAGCCCCAUGGCCACCCUGAAGAUCCUUGCUAUAGAGCCUGACAUCCGCGUGCACAACAACACUGGCCUCUUUGUCUCCCAAGGAGGGGCUGCACGCAUUACUACAGCCAACCUAUCAGUGGAGACAAACGCCGUGAAACAAAAUGUUGCCAUCCUGUAUGGUCUCAUGGAGCCUCUCAGGUACGGUGAAGUCCAGAAACAAGGGAGUGUGGGAGGGGAAUGGAAAAAAGUUGAGUCUUUCCACCAGCAAGACCUGGAGCAAGGACGCAUCCAGUAUUUCAGCACAGAUCCAGAGCACUGGUUGGAAGAUGUCGUGGAGAAGAUGAGAUUCAAGGUUCAGGUUGGACAGAAGAUUUUGCAAAACAACACUUUCCUCAUCAGGAUCAAAAGAGCUACCAUUAAGAUGAGAACCAUGAUCCCUCUCCAGAUGAAGAACAAGCGGCACAAAAACAUCACCAGUAAGGAACUGGAGGCAAUGUUGGAAGAUCCAAAUGCUCCCCCAGUCUCUUUCCAAUAUGUAAUAAUCCAGGCUCCCAAAAAGGGAAACUUGGAGUUGCUUGGCAACAGGCUGACUGAAGGCUUCGGAUUCACCCAAGAUGACCUGCAAAGAAACCAUCUAAGCUACAGUGCAACCAUCAGGAACUCCAGGCAAGCUGAGGACACCUUCCAGUUUCGCAUCCGUGCUGGGGACCAGCACUCUCCUGUGUACACCUACACAAUCAGUAUAGGCGGGGACCCUGAUGCACCAGCCCUGACCAAUGUCCUUCUGUCUGUGCCAGAAGGUGGGCAGGCCAUCAUCUCCAGGGACCACUUGUUUGUGCAGAGCCUUAAUAGCAUGGACUAUCUCUAUGAAGUAAUUGAAGGGCCAGCGCACGGCAGGCUGGCUUGGGCCACAUCCCAAGGCUGGUCCUCCAGUGAGGAGAUCACAGAGUUCACCAAUGAGGACAUCCUCCGGGGCAGACUGCUCUACCAGCAUGACGACUCUGAGACCCUGGAGGACGAUAUCCCCUUUGUAGCGAUCAAGCAGGACGAGGGCAGCACCGAGCCUGAUGCAGAGGAGGUGAGAGGUGUUUUCAGAGUAUCCAUCCAACCUGUCAACGACCACCCUCCUGUCCAGGUGGUGAACAAGGUUUUCAAUGUGGUGCGCAAUGGACAGCACCUCCUGACAACGGAUGAUAUCGCCUUCACCGAUAAGGACUCCGGCUUCUCAGAUACGCAGCUGGUGCUGGCAAGGAAGGAUAUUCUGUUUGGCAGCAUCGUCUCUGUCGAUGACAGAAACCACCAAGUCUAUAGGUUCACACAGGAUGAUUUGAGGAAGAAAAAGAUCCUGUUCGUCCAUUCAGGGGCGGACCGUGGCUGGAUUCAGCUACAAGUCUCAGACGGCCUCCACCAAACUACUGCCCUCCUGGAAGUUCAGGCUUCAGACCCCUACAUCAAAAUAGUCAACAACACUGGCCUGGCCAUCCACCAAGGGGGCCAAAGGCGUAUUGACUCCUCUGUCCUCAACCUGGAGACCAACAUGGACAUCAGGUCUGAUGAAGAGAUACGAUUCCUGAUAACUGCUCCCCCACGGUGGGGGACUGUGCUGAGAGGGGAGCAGCCAGUCAUGGCUUUCUCUCAAAGGGAUCUCCUAGCAGGAGAGAUUGCUUACCGCCACAAUGGGAGCAGGAAUGCCCAGGAUGAGUUCCAGUUCACUGUGGAAGCAAACAAGGUGGUGGUGGAUGACACGUUGGCCAUCACUGUGUUCUUGGACACCCAUCCCAACCCCCUGCGCAUUAUGAACCUAAAGGAGAUACAUGUCUUCCAAGGAGAAGCAGCUGAAAUCAAGGAAGAGCACUUAUCAGUUGCCCAUGAGGAGAUCCCUCCCCAGGACAUCAUCUACCUGGUGACCAGCCCMCCAGUCUCAGGCUUCCUAGUGAUGGUUCAGCACGGCCAAGAKUUGAAUGAGCCACCCAGCUUGGAUCCAAUCCAGUCCUUCACCCAGGAGGACAUCAACAGCGGCAGAGUGCUCUAUCUGCACUCCAAGCCGGAGGAGCCGCGUGAUCGCUUCGUCGUGGACAUCACAGCCAGGGGGGCAGAUCCACUGCAGGGGGUCGUAGUGAGCCUGGCCGUGCUCCCCAUUGCGGUCCCCCUGCACGUCCGCAACUUCACAGUGCCAGGGGGCAGCUCCGCCACGCUCUCCGCCGAAAUCCUCAGCAUCCCUAGCACCUACUUUGCAGCCSUUGGUGUGGAGUUCAGGGUGCUGGAGCCCCCCAGGUUCGGCACCCUGCAGAAGCGCCAGCAGCCCCAGGAGCACGGGCUGCGCAUGUUCACCUGGAGCGAGGUGCAGAACGGACUCAUCCAGUACCGGCAGGAUGGUCCCCAGGCCCCAGGUGACAGCUUCACCCUCCUGGCCAACGCCACAGCCGUCAACCGCCACAGCCAGCCUCGCACCGUCUUCGUCAGCAUCCUGCCCCGCCGCAGCCAGGGCCCCCGGCUGCGCGUCAAUGCUGGCCUGCAGAUGCAGGAAGGUGGCACUGCAGCCAUCGGACCGCAGCUGCUGCGCGCCGAAGACGGGGACUCGGCGCCCGAGGAUGUGGUCUACUCAGUGGAGCCGCCGGCCAACGGGAAGCUGGUGCUGCGGGCAGCACCCGGCACCGAGGUGCGGCAGUUCAGUCAGGCCCACAUCGACCGCGGCCUCCUCCACUUCGUGCACCACGGGCCCCUGGAUGGCGGCUUCGCCUUYGCCCUGUCGGAUGGCGAGAACCUCUCGGCCGGGCACUUCUUUGUAGUGCGGGCACAGAGGGAGGCCCGCGUGGGUCUCGCCAGGAAGCAGAGCCUCACCGUGUGCCCAGGCGCCCGGCAGCCCGUCACAAGUGAGAACCUGCAGGCGGUGGCCGGAGGRGCGCCCGCUGCCAGCCUCUACUACAGCAUGGAGCAGGCGCCGCGCCUGGGCCACCUGCGUGUGUCCCCCGGCGGCRGCGAGGCCAGGAACUUCAGCCAGGCCCAGCUGGAUAGCGGGAUGAUCGUCUACGAGCACAAGAUGCCAACACAGCCGUUCUGGCUCGCCCAGGAUGCCAUUCGCUUCCGCGUGGUCGCUCCCACGGCCAUCUCUGAUUCCUUCAUCCUCCCCGUGCUCAUAUCGUUCGAGGCGAGGUGCCCCCAGCGCCCGACUCAGCUCUGGAGAAAUGCAGGCCUCAGCGUUGGGAAGGCUCAAAGGGCGGAGAUCAACACAUCCGUGCUGGAUGCCUCCAACAUGCUGAGCCAAGCGCCAGGCCCGGAGAGGGCUACGCACGAUGUCGUGUUCCUCGUCACGGCGCCGCCCAGGCAGGGACAGCUCUGGGUGGCCGGGGUGCCCGUGGACAGGGCACAUCCCUUCUUCCUGCAGUCAGACCUGGAUGCGGGGCGCCUGGUAUACGCCCACCAUGGGGACGGUGCUCCUGGAGACCAUUUCCAAUUCAAGGCUUGGCUCCGGCCCCGUGCAGAGCAGUCCAUUCACCCUCCCCAUGAAGGGGUGGUCAUUUCGGAAGCUUUCAAUAUAACAGUGACGAGCAGCAAGAAGCCACCGCAGGUGGUGAAACGCCGAGAAGCRCUGCRGGUCCUCGCGGGCUCCUGGGUGCCRCUGUCCCCGCAGUAUCUGAAUGUAGCCAGCACAGAUAGUUCCCCAGAAGAGAUGGAAUACCGCCUCCUCCAGAACCCCCUUGGCGGCUACCUGGCCCGCACGGAUGAUCACCAGGUGCCUAUCGACCACUUCACCCAAGCAGAUGUCAACGCAGGCCACGUGGUAUUUGUGGCCGCUGGGAGCCGUUCCUCCGAGUCCUUAGUCCUGAGCGUCUCUGAUGGCCACCAUCCACCCACUCUGACCUCUCUGGAAAUCACGGUGCUGCCUGCGGCGACAAGCCCAGGACGCCUCGUGCCACUGGAAGUAUCACAGGGCCUGAACAAGGCCCCCAUGUCCCGGAAUCACCUCCUGGGAGCUGUCCAGCUAGGGCAACAGGAUGUCCUUUACAGGAUCACCAAGGGCCCAAAGUUUGGCCAAGUGCAAGUCAACCAAAGGCCGGUGCGGGCUUUCUCACAGAAGCAGCUGGAUCAAGGGGAAGUGACUUUCACUUUCACCAACUUCUCCUCCCCGGAGGACCAAUUCCACUUCCUGGCCACAUCCCAGGCAACAAACAGGACCGGGGUGGUGAAYGUGACCGUCAAGGCCUGGGUCAAGGCUCAGCCAGGGAGCCUGUGGCCCAGGGGCASCACAGCGCUGCUGGACACCAGCAUCCUCGACGCGAGCGAACUGGCCAACCGCACUAAGGACAUCCCAGUAUUUAAAAUCCGCAGAGCUCCUCGAAGCAGCCGUGUCGUGCUGGUCUCAAGAGACGCGGGGCAACGCAGCCUCCCAGUCACCACCUUCAGCCAGCUGGAGCUGGAGCAAGGGCUGGUCGGUCUGGAGGUGCUGGACGCCGCGGAGGCCGAGCAGCCGCUGCAGAACGACAGCUUCGUCUUCGAACUUGCGGCCGCCGGCGUGCCACCGGCACUGGCGUCCCUGGUGUAUGCCACCGAGCCAUAUAACGCCUCCAAAGCCUACGGUGUCAUGCUGCUCGCGACCCCGCGGGCGCCCUUGCCACACACGCCGGGCCCCCAGCCCUGGGGCCCGGCGCGGAGCAGCCCCAACGCCAGCGAGCCAGGCGUCCCCGCCACCGCCUCGCCGGGCCAGGGUGCCACAAGCAGCCCCAGCCCUGCGGAGGGCAGCACCUUCCUCGGCUUCAUCGAGGCCAACAUGUUCAGCGUCAUCAUCCCCAUCUGCCUCAUCUUCCUCCUGCUGGCCCUCAUCUUGCCGCUGCUCUUCUACCUGCACAAGCGCAACAAGACGGGCAAGCACCACGUGCAGGGCACGCCGGCGGCCAAGGCGAGGAACGGCGCCGUGCCCGACCAGGAGACCUUCCGCAAGACGGACCCCAACCAAGGCAUCCCCCUAACGACUGUGAACUCCCUGGAGGCCAAGGGAGCGGGUCCUCCCAGCGCGCCGCAGGACCCCGAGCUCCUCCAGCACUGCCGGACUUCAAACCCCGCCUUGAAGAACAACCAGUACUGGGUGUGAAGGGCCCRGCGCAGAGGCGAGCGGCCACAUCGACCCCAGCCAGGACCCCGCGGCCUCUCCACUUGCCCUGAGC